AUGUCAUCGAAACCUCUCACAAGUCGCCUGCUGUCCUUGCCGGCAAUCAUCCGAGCUCGCUCUUUCUCGGUCCUCAAUCGUCCACCUCCGAAUUACCCAGGCCACGUACCAUUGACAUGGCUCGAACGCGGCGCUUUGGCAAUUGGAUCAGCAUUCGGCUCUCUCAAGAACCCAUACCGCCACGAUCUCAUUGCCUCUCUGGGUGAAGCAACCGCGAAGCCGUACUUCGUCUCCCGCCUACGUCAGGCAAUGCUUGCAAAUCCAACCGGAAGGAGGAUCUUAAAAGACAGACCAAGGAUCACAAGUCAAACAUUGAAGCUUGAAGAGCUCCGAAAACUACCCGAAAAUACUGUCGGAAAAGCAUACGCUGCCUGGCUAGAUCGGGAGGGAGUGACGCCGGAUACGCGAGAUCAGGUGCGCUACAUUGACGAUCCGGAAGAGGCGUAUGUCAUGCAAAGAUAUCGCGAGACGCAUGACUUCACGCAUGCGAUUACUGGACUGCCAGUGAUCAUCGAGGGUGAGUUGGCUGUGAAGGCGUUCGAGUUCGCAAACACGCUCUUGCCAAUGACCGCGCUGAGUCUCGUGGCCAUCGUUCGAUUGAAGCCGGUGGAGCGAAAACGGUUCUUCGAGAUCUACCUGCCGUGGGCACUGAGGAAUGGUCUGAAAGCAGAAGAGGUUGUGAACGUCUACUGGGAGGAAGAGCUCGAGACAGAUGUGGACGUGCUGAGGGCGAGAUUGGGUAUUGAGACGCCGCCGGACCUGAGGGAAAUUCGCAAAGCUCUUCGUGAUCAGAAGCGAGCAGACAAGGCCGCGAGGGAGGCAAAGGAAGCUAUGGGAGCUGCACGAGAUGUGUGA